AUGCGAUACUUCAACCGCAGGGCCUGUACUCUACGUUCUGCCUAUUAUAGACCGUAACGUCUCAUAAAGAUACACAAUAACUACGCUACGGCCGCGGCGAAGGCUAGCGUCACGAUGCUCUACCGGGAAGUAUGCAAGCUCGGGAGAGCUGCACGAUAACACAUAUCCUUUUGCUAGAUAUAAAGAUGCUCUCGUCUCCUCCUUCCUCAGCCGCGAUCACGACUGGCGCGAACGAGGCCGCGCACUAGAUUAGGAAUGGCUGCCUUAGGUUUCGACCUCGACAUCCUGGGCCAGCAGCCGGGUCUCUUCAAGCUGUACACUCAGAUCUGCUUCAUUUUCUCGAUCCCUGACAGUGUCGAUCAGCCACCAAUCGCCGAGGCCUUGACGAGAGGGCUCGAGCGAUUAUCGGACAGUUUUCCAUGGGUCGCGGGUCAGGUUGUUAACACACAUUCGGACGCGGAAGGGACACCGUUCUACAAGAUCCGACCGUUCGAGCGGAUACCGAAAUUAGUCGUCAAGGACUACGGGAGCGACACCAACACCCCCACGCUAUCUGAGCUACGAGAAGCGAGAUAUCCUUUCUCAAUGCUGCACGAAUCGAUAUGGGCGCCGUGUCCGACCCUCGCAACGCUGAGUUUCGAUCCCACCAAGCCGUCUGGCGAAAGUUCAGACCCGGCACCGGUUCUCCUUUUGCAGGCAAACUUUAUUAAAGGGGGGCUCGUCCUGUGCAUCAACAUGCAACAUAACACCGCGGAUAUGAGUGGCCAGGGUGCGGUGAUGAAGCUGCUGUCGAAAGCGUGUCAUGGGGAGGAGUUCACGGAGGAAGAGCUUCGGAUCGGAAACGCAGAGAGGAAGAACAUGAUUCCUUUGAUCGAGGAAGAAGGAUGGAAACCAGGGAAGGAGCUGGAAAGCCAGCUACUCCCCGCGCAGCCGGCUACUAGUCCAGCGAUCGAAGCUUCAACACCUGAUCUUGCGACGCUGGAGACACCUCCCCCGCCGCCCUGCAGCUGGGUCUACUUCACUUUCAGUGCAUACGCACUCUCGCGGCUAAAGGACCUAGCGACGCGCACCCUUCCUUCUAGUUUUACAGGGUAUAUCACCACAGACGAUGCUCUCUCAGCACUUAUCUACCAAUCCGUCCUUCGUGCACGCUCGCCGCGGCUCUCUUCCCAACCCUCCCGAGUGAUCACAUUCGCCCGCGCGGUCGACGCGAGGCGUUAUUUCGAAGUUCCUGCAGGGUAUCCAGGAGUUCUACAAAACAUGGCGUACACUAGCUACCAGCUCAUCACGCUUCUCGCCCGCACGCUCGGAGAAAUCGCAGCGGAAAUGCGGCGACAUGUCGACCCUUCUACGUCGAACAUGGCGUACGCUACGCGCUCCCUCGCUACCUUCCUCUCUCAGUCCCCUGGCAACUACUCUCGCGCGAACACCACGGCGAAUGUGAAGCCCGAUGCGGACAUCAUGCUCAGCUCCUGGGCGAAAGUCAACGCAUACGAGCUGGAUUUCGGGCUGGGACUGGGGCUACCGGAAGCGGUGAGGAGGCCGAGCUUUGUACCCUUGGAAUCGUUGAUGUAUAUUAUGCCGAAGGCGAGAGAUGGGGAGAUUGCGGUGGCAAUGUGUUUGCGUGAGGAGGACCUGCAGAGGCUGAGGGUUGACCAUAGGUUUACGGAGUUUGCUAGGUACGUUGGAUGAGCCGCGAUUUUUGUUCCCGGUGUUCUUUCGGCCCAGGGGAAGAUAGUAUGUGUCUGUUGGGUUCGCUCUCCUAUGUCCUGCCCUUGUCGUGGCUGUUUGGAUCAGCCUUCCCGCUGGAGUCCAACGUUCCGACGGCAGCGAUGUGCAUCAACAGCCUCAGAACAUGUUCUACAGUGCUUUCUCUCCUAGCUUCUCUUCCUUGCCCAUGUGCACCGUAUUUUUCGCAUGUCGAGGGCGUGGCGUCCACACAGAU